AUGGCUAAUCCAGUGUUCGGUUUCCUCCUUUUUGCCAGCCUCUUCUGGGCCAGCAAGCAGGUCCCCUUCCAUAUCCCCCAAGUCCUCCUCGGCAUGCGCAUCGCCUACGCCCUAAGCACUGUCUUGGUCCUCCUCGUCUACACCUACACAAAGGGCUCUAUUGACAACGACAACUCUAAAGCCGUCUUCAAAGAAACGAGUGUUCUUAUAGAUGUCCCAGAGCCCGCUUCCAAAACCAAAAACGGCAAAGACGAAGACAAAGACAAAGACAAAGACAAAGACAAAGACGCUGCCAAGAAGACGUCCAUCUCCGUGCAGGAGUACGACCACAAGCAGUGGAGGGCCCUCAUCAAGGGCUUCUGCAUGAGCCUGGCCAUGAUGUCGGCGAUGCACCUGUACAUGGGCAUGCCUGGUCCGCUGCUCAUCAACAUGGUCAUCCCGCUGAAGACGGCGCUGGGGAGCGAGCUGGUGCAGGCGCGUCUUUUUGGCAAGAAGGUGGAUCGACCUUUUCCGGAGCCAAAGAGCAUGUUUGCCAUGCUUGCUUCUGCGCGGACUCAGCUCUUUGGGGUUAAGGAUGAGAAGGAAGUGAAGCAGCAGUAG